UAAAUGGUGAAUGGGCAGAAUGGUCUGCAUGGAAUGGUAAUUGUAAAGUUGAUUGUACGCAAUUGAAGCAAGAAAUAACAAGGAGACGUUCCGGUACAGUACAUACCAAACUUGACGAUAUUUGGCCAAAAUUGGUACGCAGGAGAACUUGUAAUAAUCCUGCACCAAUGAACGGUGGAUCUGAUUGCUUAGGUGAUCCGGAACAAACCAAUGAAUGUCCUUUGGAUUGCCAUUUGGAUGGUCACUGGUCAGGAUGGUCAUCAUGGUCACAAUGUAGCGAAAAUUGCCAAAAAUUUCGUACUCGUUCCUGCAAUUCACCCAGACCAACUAGUGGUGGACAGUUAUGUAGUGGUCGUGAUUUGGAUACCAGGAAUUGUACCCAGGGAGAAGGUUAUUGUACAGAAAUAGCACAACGAUCAGCACCAACCUACAUUGGAUAUAGCGUAGAAGCGCAGAUUGCAAUGUAUGCUGGCAUAUUUAGACAUGUACGUACCGUAUUAUUGCAACAACAACAACGAUUACUUGGUGAUCCAAAUGAUUCCCUUAAAUCAGUAACAAAAGGUGGUAGCGAAUUUUACACUUUGACAACGACUGCUUCACCAACUCAUCCUCUUGUGAGACCGCCAUCAUUAACGCUUAGAUCGGCUAAUAGCAGUGGCUAUUCGUCGACAAGAAAAAUUACAGGAUCACGUGUGGCAUUAAUUACGGAAUCAUCGUCAAAUUCAUCGAAUGGUAAAAUUACAAUAGCGCGAACGAAUUCACGGACUUCGGACGAAAAUUAUGCAACACUGUAUGAUUGUGUAGGUGAUGUCAAUGAUCAGUACGGGUCUUUCGAGCUUAGCAAACAGCCUCACAUUGUCCUUCCUGCUUAUGUGGAUAGCAUGGGAGGAAGAUUACUGCUCAAACGAAGUGGUGCUGCUCUGCUAAUACCAGAGGGUGCAUUCCAAACGAAUCAUAUGGUAUUCCUUGCUGUCUCCGAUGAUCUCAACGAUUCACCCAAAUUACUGGAAGGUAACACGGUGCUAAGUGCUGUGGUGAUGACAGGCCUAUGCGAUGAGAAUGAAAAUGAUGUCGUCAUACAUAGGCCAUUUAUCGUGACAUUUAAACACUGUGCCAAUAUUUUUCCGAAAGAUAACUGGACUUUCAUGAUUUACGCAAAAGGCAAUCAAAACAACAACUGGGAAAUGGUAGCACAAAUUGGUGAUGAAGAUAUAAAUACACCUCUCUACUGUCAAAUGGAUUUGACAAGGUGCCAUAUAAUGAUAGAGCGCUUCUGCAAGUUACUGUUGGUCGGUAAACCACGUCGACCGACGAUAGCAACGAUGAAACGGAUGCACUUAGCUGCGUUCGGCCCCUUGCAUCGUAUUUCCAAUGAUACUUCCAUUAGAGUGUACUGCGUACCCGAAACUGGGAUCGCCAUUCAGAAUGUCCUGUGUCAAGAAGAAAAUACCGGUGCUUUGCUGGCUGAAUCCGAGAAUUUCCUGAUGCGUGAGAAGGGUGCCUUAUGUGUGUGUCUUGAGGAAGUGUCAACAGGACUUGUCAAAAAACCCGAAGCACAAUAUUUGGAGAUACCGUCUAGCCAUCAUCUAUGGUGUGUGCAAAACGGUUUGCACUGCAGUCUGAAAACUGAUGUCCCCGAAGAUUUGCUAGAAACAAUUACUGGUCGAAUUGUCAUCUACCAAAAGGGUAAUGCCGAUGCGAGAGAAGUGCUACAUUUCGAUAUGCAACAACCAAUUGAAGAUGGUGAAAUGGAAGAAGAUGGAGUACUUUCAUAUGGUUUUUUAUUGGAUUAUGCAACAAGACGAAAACUGGCGGAGCUCUUCGAUGUUCCCACUGAUCCGACAAAGGACUGGCGAGGGCUAGCUAAGAAAUUAAAUCUCCAUAGGUAUAUACAGUAUUUUGCAACCCGACCUGGUCUUUCACCAACAUCACUAAUUCUGGACCUAUGGGAAACUGUAGAAUUCGGCUCACAACGGGCAGUACUGGAUUUUCUGCAAACUGUCCGAAUAAUGGGUCGACCAGACGCUGUAGCGGUGCUCGAAAGCUAUCUUUCCAAUUCAAAAAACAUGAACAAAUGAAAUAGGGAAAAUGGAAUUCGUUUCAAAAGAGUGAUUUACUGCAAAGUACAAUUGAAGAAUUUAAUAUCUUACUAAUAGGUCUCAAUUAGAUGAUGUAUUACUCUGAACUGAAGCAGUAAAUGUCCUUUUUCUAACAAAUUAUUAAUGGAAAGAAUUCUGGAAGACUCACUGCGAUUUUGCAUAAAGAU